ACCUUCUUCACCUUGCAUAUGGCCCCCAUACGAGGUGGUGAAAAUCCUGUCCACUGGCGAAUCAUGGACGGUGCAAACCCCAGGAAGAGCGGGAAGUGACCAGCUUGCAGUGCUAUCGACCCCAACCUGGCAACGAGGGUUCCCAAUAUCACAGUUCGCACGAUAGCGCUUCCUCUUACCAUUCGGUGCCAUGAUCACCGUUGACGACAUGAGCUUCGCUUUCUAGCUCGCUUACAGUCUCACUUGUCGUCCGUCUGAAUGAAAAAUCGAGACAGAUAUAAACGUCACCGCCACCCGUCGUACGUCCGCCGGACGUGCCGAUGUUGAUACCAGAACAUCAAAGCUAGCUUUGAGCGAGCGAUUUUCGAUGUCAAGGUGACACCAAAGCGGAGUUGUUCUGUGACCAGCUGCUGACGGAAGUUUACUUGCCCAUCCAAACGCACCCGGCCCUUUCGCGAAUCUAUUGAACGAAACAUCUCGCGACGAUCAAGAUGUCGCGAAUAUUGGUGAUUAAUACGCUUUUGCGUGCGUCGGCGGCCUUACUAGUGGCGACAGGCUCGCCAUGCGGAACUAAGUGUGGCAACGUCCUUGAUUCCACGUCGACAGACGACCUUGUCUGCAGAGACUCUGACUACUCGCAAACGGCUGGGGUUGUCUGGUCAAAUUGCUUGAAUUGCGAGCUAUCAAGCCCAUACUCGAAAGAAGUUGACAAGUCCACCCGCUCAGACCUGCAAGCCAUGCUUUAUAACAUGCGAUUUGCAACAUCACAUUGCCUGUUUUCUGACGAUGAAGAAGACGGCUCCUUUGGCACCAAUCCCUGCAUCACCACUACCGCUUGCGGGCCGCUGAAGGCAGCCAUUGAGUACGAUGGCCUGGAAUCCAACGCAACGGCCUAUGGCUACUGUAGCCUGUGGAGUGACCUCCAAGCCUCCAAAUGCGACGCUUGCUUGACCAACAUGGAGAAUGCUCAUUUUUUUCUGAACUAUAUCAAUGUCUUAAAUGGAGCUUGCAAGAUGCAACCAACGCCAGGUUUAACCUUAGCACUAGAGGGAAGCAUUUUCUCCGCUGAUACCGUGAACGUGACUACGCCAACGCCCACGGCAACAUUUACGGCAUCUGGUCCGUCUGGGCCUCUCAGCCUUGGUGCUAUCGUUGGUGUUGCUGUGGCCGGAACAGCCGUGCUACUCGGGGUUGCCGGCUUCUGCAUCGUCGCGAAUGGCAAGCGGCGGAGGAAGGCUUAUCUACGAAAGCGGGAGCAACAAUACAAAAACAACCAUUGGCCUAGCCCUGGUGUCGGAGGUGAGAUGUUCGAAACUCCCGUCAGUCAGAAACCACUCCGUGGUUGGGAUGAAUCUCCUGUUAGCGCCGGCACGGACUCAACAUACCCUCGAUAUAUCUCGCCUUACAGUUCGCAGUACAAUAGCCCCGUGAGCGCUCUAGAUGGUCCGAGCCAUAUGAACUGGCCAUCAGAGAAGACGCAGAACAUUGGAGUCGCUCUUAGCCCUGAUGGCGAGCGUUCGAAUGAUUUCUGGGGGGACAAGAAGGGGAAGGACAGGGCCGAGGUAGAAAGGGACGAGUACGAGUUGCAGGAGGGAGUAAACAACGGGGGUGGGCAGGGUCAACAGUACCCUUAUGUGUCGCCGCCUCCUCCGAUGGCACCAACUCUCGGUCAUCCGGGCUAUGGCCGACAUGGCCCCACCCCGCAGCAGUCUGGAAGGGGGACUCCUGAAGAGGAUUUCAUCUAGUUUGGAUGAUGUGAUUUUUGCAUCACGCAAUAUUAUUUUCGGAUUCGGAACCGUGUUCUGCAUUUUCUUUGGUGUCGAUUGGACUUUUCCAUAAUCUGCGUGGAGUUGAGGUGUACGGAAGAGAUAAGGAUGAUGGUUCGACGGGGAAUUUCUCUGGACAUUGGCGCAUGAAAUGUGGUGCGGUUCUCUACAAAAUACCACAUGUGGCCCGAUACAUAUUGUUUGCCAUAGGGUAACAGCAUGGCCCCAAUACUGACGGGAGGUAUAUUCUUUCUACCGCACUCGAGAAGAGGUUCUUAAUGUCAAAAAGUGACCACAACCCUCAGGAUCUUCUAUGGUUUAGGGAAAUUGGCAUUAAGACCCAACACACAAACGAACCUCUUUGAGGUGUAGGAUAUCCAUGAACUGAAUUUAGAUCUGCUGAGCUUGAAUUGAAUCGCAAUAAUGAAUGCACAUAUCUUGAAGUCAUGCUGGUUCAAG